AUGUGGGCUGUUGUCACAGGGGCAGAGGGAGGUAGUGCAGAGUUGGAUAGAAGGAAAAAAGAAGAGGCAAGAGACAAAAAAAAAAGAGGCAUGGCAGCGUAAAGCUUGGAUUUUAUUUAUAACUACUACAGUGCAAUGAAGAUUGAAGGAGAGGCACAGGUAUCUGUGUUUAUGAGCUAUGGUGGAAAGAUUUUUGUACACCAAUAGCAUAUACAAUCAACAAUAACAAGCUGAUACAGAAUUCUGGUUAAAACAGCAUGGUGUGGCAAUGAUGCAGUGGUCUUCAGAGUGGGCGGAGCAACGAUAUGACGUCUCUUCUACCACAUCAUCUCCAGUACACCCUAAGCCCCUCCCAUUGCCACAGCCCAGUCGUCCUGCGUUCUCAGGCUACACUGACGACAUCAGUGCCCUCAGUGCCUCUAGCUUGCUAAAACGCUAUGCCGAGAGGUAUUCCUUCAACUCGUCCUUACCAGAACAUGGGAGUUUCCUGAGAAGUGAGCAGCACCAGGAGCCAUGGCCUGGGGGGUACAGCGCAGACGGGCCUCCUGGUUUAGACCCAUUGAAGGGGAGCGGAAGUGAUCUUUCAGAACAGCAGUACAGUAGUGGUCCCACAUCUCAGGAUUACCCUUCAUCCUACAGCACCCAACACCUGCUGCCUAAACCAUCCUAUCUUCCGUCGCCAGCAUUUGCCUUGCCGUCUGCAUACCUGCCACCCGCACCAGGCUACGCUUAUUCCCAGCAAUGCGGUCUGAGUGCUAGUUACCCUCACAGCACCCCUUCUCUGCUGCCCUCGGGUCUACACACUCCCACACCUCUCCACAGCAGCCUCACUGCUGCUGAACUCCCACGUAACAGGAAGUUCAGCUUCGACCAGUCCAAAACUGCCAGAGUCUCACCAUACACAAUUAGGGACAAGAAUGAUCAGCAGAACAGCGACAGUGGUGGAAAUGUCAACGAAAUUUGUGGGACGGACCUCCAAAGCUACAGACCCGAUAGACUUUCCACUCAGUCUGAUCUUGAGGCAGAUUCUGUGGGUAAAACCAGUCACCUACGGCCUCUUGAGACACGGUCUUAUGGAGGUCCGGGACAGUACACAUAUCCCUGAGUCUACUGAGUCUACUUGAUGUAGUGAAACAAUCCUUUUAUAUAUAUAUAUAUA